UUCAGUGCAAGUCUGUAGCCUGAAUCCAUGGAGAAGAUCAAUUAUUCAGUGGUGUCUGAGUUUGUGUUGCUUGGACUCUCCAGUUCUCGGGAACUUCAGUUUUUCUUCUUUGUCUUCUUCUCUGUGUUGUAUAUUGUCAUUGUAUUAGGAAACCUUCUCAUCAUCAUAGCCGUGACUUCUGAGAGCAGGCUGCACUCCCCCAUGUAUUUUCUCCUGGGGAACCUUUCCUUUAUUGACAUUUGUCAGGCUUCUUUUGCCACACCUAAAAUGAUUGCAGACUUUCUGAGUGAGCACAAGACAAUAUCCUUCAAUGGCUGCAUAGCCCAGAUUUUUUUCAUUCAUCUCUUUACAGGAGGGGAGAUGGUACUGCUGGUCUCCAUGGCUUAUGACAGAUAUGUGGCCAUAUGUAAGCCUCUACAUUACAUGGUCAUCAUGAACAGAAGUACCUGUACUGCCUUAGUAAUAAUCUCCUGGGCUGUGGGAUUGGUGCAUACAUUGAGUCAAUUGUCAUUUACUGUAAACCUGGCAUUUUGUGGACCCAAUGAAGUAGACAGCUUUUUUUGUGACCUUCCUCGAGUGGUCAAGCUAGCCUGCAUUGACUCAUACAUCACUGAAAUACUAAUUGUGGUAAACAGUGGAAUUCUUUCCUUAAGCACUUUCUCUCUUUUGGUGAGCUCCUAUGCCAUAAUUCUUGUCACAGUUUGGUUCAAGUCUUCUGCUGCCAUGGCCAAGGCAUUUUCUACACUGGCUGCUCACAUUAUGGUAGUAGUAUUAUUCUUUGGACCUUGCAUCUUCAUCUAUGUGUGGCCCUUUACUACUUAUCCAGUGGAUAAGAUUCUUGCUAUAUUUUAUACAGUUUUCACUCCCAUCCUAAACCCCAUUAUUUACACACUAAGAAAUAGAGAUAUGAAAGCUGUCAUGGGAAAAAUUACAGCUCGUUACUUCAGACCACCCAAAAUUUCUGAAAUGCCAUUAGUAGCAAGGAUUUCCCUUCAUUGAGGUAAAACUAAAUUUCUCAAAUCAGUUGUCUACCUACAAAUAUUUCAUACCUAAGCAGUGGAAUAAAUAAGAAUGAUAAUAUGAAGAAGAUUAACAGAUAUUAGUAUGUGUUUUCCUAGUUUGUAAUCUAAGCAAAAGUUAAG